CUUUUCGCCCCCAGUCGCUGGGACUUUUUGAUAUGCAGUUUGUGUAUUUGUAGUCCUGUGGUGUUCUGAAUUUUUUUGGAACAUGGCAUCAUCGAGCCGAUCUCAGGUGAUUCAGCUCUACAAGAAUUUGAUGCAUCUUGGUAAAGAGUAUCCGAAAGGAGCAGAUUACUUCCGUACGAAACUGAAGUCGGCUUUCAUGAAGAAUCGCGAUGUGACUGAUCCAGAGGAGAUCAAGGUGUUAAUAGCUCGAGGUGAAUAUAUCAUAAAGGAGCUUGAAGCCCUUUACAUGCUCCGCAAAUAUCGCGCUCUGAAGAAGCGCUACUACAGUGAGGAAGAUGUGACGUCACCUAAGUUCAACCAGCCGCCAAUAGUGCAGGAGUUUACGACGCCACAUAAGACUGACCGAUGAAAGUUCCGACUGUGUUGGUAUUUGUUCUGUGAUAAGACAGUAUGGUGCUUCCGUUUCAAUGACUUGCUCGGGAGACUUGCAUGUUGUGUUGCAUGUGACUUUAGAUUCAUUCGGAAAAUAGACUUUCUCUGCUGAUGUUUGAUGGAAAACCUUGUAUGUAAAUAUGGUAUCAAGUUAUGAAGCCACGAUUUCGGUAGAUUUGGAGGGAUUACUUAAGUUAUUGCUUCCCAAAAUUGUGCAUUUACAAUCAAAUUGUCACCAUUUAAAAUGUUGCAACUUUGCAAAGUCGCCGAGUGGUUUGCUUUAGUGAAACCCCGAGAAUAUAAACGAUUUAAUGUGAGAAGUUUUUCAACCAGAUUACUAUGACAAGAAUGGUAUUCGCUUGCUCUAAGAAUUCUGGUGUUGAUAGCACUGCCCUUGUCCCUGUAUGGGCAAACCUAAAACCUUUCCUGGCGAAAUUGUCCUAUUGCCCUUUUGUAUACUAACCAUUGAUCCCGAGUUAAGUAUCUGUUUAUUUGGAAAUGGUAUAUUAUCGCAUGGUUCUUCAUCACAGCAAUGAAGGCAUUUCUGUUGUUAUGAAAGUUGUAGGUGCUUGCAAAGUUCUUGUAGAUGGGGAAUAUUUGUGGCUGUGACGUGUGAUCAUCAUUACUUGUCGCUGCGACAAUAAAAAUGAGUUGAUUAAUUUAAAUG